GUAUGUAUGAUUUAGUUUGUAUCUUAAGUUAAAAAAACACAAUGACAACGCUUAGCUUCAGAACAAAUAUGAUAGGCUACGUUGAUGCUAGACGCGUAGUUCCCCAUUGGCUUAAGCCCCGGGUUCACUCCGUACUGUUUCUGGGUCACAAUAUCAGGGCUAACAUCAAAACAACAGGGUGGUAUCUGUAGCUGUUGAACUGCUGUUUUAAUCACAUUCUCAUUGCGUGCCAUUCGUAUAAAACAGCGGCGUUCCCCUUCAGAUCAGAGCGAGAUGUGCUGAGGCAGCGGUCUCCGUAGUUUAGCCGAGGACAUUUAGCUUGUUUUGCUCCAGUGUACGCGCAUUACAUAAUGUGGCGGCGGUAAGCUAUGCUGCUUAAUGCAAACCUUUAGCCUGACUGGAACCCGAGGAGGUUUUAUAACUCUACAUUUUGUUUAUACUCUCAUUUAAAUAGCCAUGGCAUUCAAAAGAGUAUAUCUUAGCAUAGCCUAUGCUACUUUUGGUACGCUAGUUGGACUCUCGGCUUUCCUAACUUGGAACCUGGCUUAUAAACAGCACUGGACAGCAGCUAUGGGAGGCCUGUCAGGUGUGCUGGCCCUGUGGGUGCUGGUCACUCACAUCAUGUAUUUACAAGAUUACUGGCGCACGUGGCUCAAAGGCCUGCGGUUCUUCAUUGGAGUUGGGAUGCUCUUCUCUGUUUUGGCUCUCUCUGGUUUGAUCACCUUCCUGACACUUGCCAUCACACAGAAGCAAUCACCCACUGACCCUACGAGCCUGUACCUGUCUGCGGUGUGGAGCUUCCUCACUCUGAAAUGGGCCUUUCUCCUCUCUCUGUAUUCACACAGAUAUCGGCAGGAGUUUGCAGACAUCAGCAUCCUCAGUGAUUUCUAGUCUGGAUGCACUUUACACUACAGUCAGUGGACUUACUAUGAAGGCUAUCAACUUAUUGAUCAACUUUAGCUACAAUUUAAAGUUUGAUAAUAAUGAGACAGUGUGUUAUAUUUAAUGGAGUCACCUGGAUUGUAGUGCCACACUGAAUUGCACUGAGCGAGCUUUGUUUCUAGCCUAACCUGCUCUAGUACCAUGUUACAUCCUACCUGUCACAUGUUUGUGGUGGCUGUCUCUAAGAAAACUUUGUCAAUGUUUUGCUUACUUGUAUUUUCAAAGGGGCAUAAUGUGUUUUCUACUAAAGAAUAUGAGUCACUAUGUAAAUCUGAGAAAAGAAAGACAAAUCAGUCUGUAAAAUACCCAGAAUACUACAAAUAUAUAUAUAUAUAUAUAUAUAUAUAUAUAUAUAUAUAUA